CGCGGAGUUUGGAUUCUGGUUCGGGGUUUGGAUCCUGCUUGAGGGCAUCUUGAAGAAACAGCAGAAGAAAUAAUUCUUCUGGAGAAGGUAGGAGGAAAUCUGUACCAUAGUCAUCCUCAUCCAACUCAAUGUGUGAGUUUCCUCAAGAUCAUGGCUGCUGUCCCUCUAAAUAAUCUGCAGGAGCAACUAGAGCGUCACUCAGCCAGAAAACUUAAUAAUAAAUUAAGUGUUUCAAAACCAAAAUCUUCAGGUUUUACUUUUAAGAAGAAAACAUCUUCAGAUAACAAUGCAUCUGUAACUUCUGUAACUAGCGUAUCUGUAGCAAAAACACCUGUGUUAAAUGAUAAAGAUGUGAAUGUGUCAGAGGCCUUUUCCUUCAGUGAGUCUUUGUCCCACAUCACAAAUCAGCAGAACACAAUCAACAAUUUCUUUAAAAAUGUUCCAGCAGGACAGCAAACCAAGGCUACUAGUUCAAAACCAUUACUGCCAGAUACAUUGCAGAUUCCACAGGAAGUUUUGUGUACUACUCAGAACACACCAGCUAUAAAGAACCCCCACAAUGCUGCUUUCAAGAAAUUAGAAUUUAGUUCUUCAUCAGAUUCUUUCAGCAUUAUCAAUGAUUGGGACGAUAUGGAUGACUUUGAUACUUCAGCGACUUCAAAAGCAUUUGCUACACCACACAAAAAUCACUUCGUUAGAGUAAGCACUGCUCAGAAAUCAAAAAAGGCUAAGAGAAACUUUAUAAAACUACAGCCUCAUAAAACAAAUACAGUAAAAACUGAUUUAACUCCCUCCUCCUCUGAAAGCCAGCGAGUUGAUCUGGCUAAGGACCAGAAGGGUGACUCAGAAUGGUUAAGGAGUGGUGUGAUCUGCAUCGACGAUGACCCCAUUUCUGAAGCGCUUAUAAAUGAAGAUACUCAGGAAAGUUACUCUUUGAAAACCCAUUUGAGAAAUGAACAAGAUAAUGGUGAAAAGAAGAAAAAUGUGGAAGAAGUUGAAUUAUGUUCAACUGAGAAGGUUCCAUGUAUUGAGCUUGAUGAUGAUGAUUAUGACAUAGAUUUUGUUCCACCUUCUCCAGAAGAAGAAAUUAUUUCUGGUGCUUCUUCCUCUUUGAAAAGCUUUAGUAUGUUAAAGGAUCUUGAUGCCUCUGACAGAGAGAGGGAUAUUCUCAGCACAUCAAAAAACCUUUUGUCGAAAACAGAGAAGAUGACUACUCAGGAGCCCAAUCCAGAAACCAGUAAAGACUGUGAUGCUAGACAGAUAAAUCUACAGCAGCAGCUUAUUCUUGUGAUGGACCACAUCUGUAAAUUAGUUGAUACAAUUCCUGUUGAUGAAAUGAAAGCUUUGAAUUGUGGGAAUGAGCUGCUUCAACAGCGGAAUAUAAGAAGGAAACUCCUAGCUGAAACAGAUUUUAAUAGAAAUGAUGUCAGUCUUUUUGGUUCAGUGUGGAGACACAGACCUGCUUCACUUGGUAACUCAGUGGAGGCUGAUUCCUGCCUUAUGGGAAAUUCUGUUAAAGAGUUAAAUUUUCCACACCUUCCCUCAAAUUCUCUUUCCACUGGGGAAUAUUUACUGACCACCACCCCAGAGAAGAAAGGAUCUUCAGCCACCUCGAAGAAUCUCUUUGAAAGACCGUUAUUCACUUCCCAUUUACAGAAGUCCUUUGUAAGUGGCCACUGGGCUGAAACACCAAGGAUAGAAAAAAGAAAUGAAAGCUCUUAUUUCCCAGGAAAUGUUCUUACAAGCACGGCUAUAAAAGAUCAGAAUAAAAACACUGCUUCAAAAAAUGACUUAGAAGGAGAAAUCCAGGCUUCCUAUGAUAUUGAUAAUUUUGACAUAGAUGACUUUGAUGAUGAUGAGGACUGGGAAAAUAUAAUGCAUAAUUUAACAGCCAGCAAAUCUUCCACAGCUGCCUAUCACCCUAUCAAGGAAGGUGGACCAAUUAAAUCAGUUUCAGAGAAGAUUUCUUCAGCCAAGACAAACUGUCUUCCAGUGGCAUCUACUGCUCAAAAUAAAAGCUUUUCAGAGUCAAUUCAAAAUCACACUGACAACUUGGCGCAGAAUUUAGCCUCCAAAAAUCUGAAACACGAGCGCUUCCGAGGUCUUAGUUUUCCUCAUACAAAAGAAAUGAUGAAGAUUUUUCAUAAAAAGUUUGGCCUGCAUAAUUUUAGAACUAAUCAACUAGAGGCGAUCAAUGCUGCACUGCUUGGUGAAGACUGCUUUAUCCUAAUGCCCACUGGAGGUGGUAAAAGUUUGUGUUACCAACUGCCUGCCUGUGUUUCUCCUGGGGUCACUAUUGUCAUUUCUCCCUUGAGAUCACUCAUAGUAGAUCAAGUCCAAAAACUGACUUCCCUGGAUAUUCCAGCUACAUAUCUGACGGGUGAUAAGACUGACUCAGAAGCUACAAGUAUUUAUCUCCAAUUAUCAAAAAAAGAUCCAAUUAUAAAACUUCUCUAUGUUACUCCAGAGAAGGUCUGUGCCAGUAACCGCCUGAUUUCCACUCUAGAGAAUCUGUAUGAGAGGAAGCUCUUGACACGUUUUGUUAUUGAUGAAGCACAUUGUGUGAGUCAGUGGGGACAUGAUUUUCGUCAAGAUUACAAAAGAAUGAAUAUGCUUCGUCAGAAGUUUCCUUCUGUACCAGUAAUGGCUCUUACUGCUACAGCCAAUCCCAGAGUACAGAAAGAUAUCCUCACUCAGCUGAAGAUUGUGAAACCUCAGGUGUUCAGCAUGAGCUUUAACAGACAUAAUCUGAAAUACUAUGUGUUACCAAAGAAGCCUAAAAAGGUGGCAUUUGAUUGCUUAGAAUGGAUCAGAAAGCAUCACCCAUAUGACUCCGGGAUAAUCUACUGCCUCUCCAGGCGGGAAUGUGACACAAUGGCUGACACUUUACAGAAGGACGGUCUUGCUGCUCUUGCUUAUCAUGCUGGCCUCAGUGAUUCUGCCAGAGAUGAAGUGCAGCACAAGUGGAUUAAUCAGGAUGGCUGCCAGGUUAUCUGUGCGACAAUCGCAUUUGGAAUGGGGAUUGACAAACCUGAUGUGCGAUUUGUGAUUCACGCAUCUCUCCCUAAAUCUGUGGAGGGUUACUACCAGGAAUCUGGCAGAGCUGGACGAGAUGGAGAAAUAUCUCACUGCCUGCUUUUCUAUGCCUAUCAUGAUGUGACCAGACUGAAGAGACUUAUAAUGAUGGAGAAAGAUGGAAACCAUCAUACACGAGAGACUCACUUCAAUAAUUUGUACAGCAUGGUACAUUACUGUGAAAAUAUAACAGAAUGCAGGAGAAUACAGCUUUUAGCUUACUUCGGUGAAAAUGGAUUUAACCCUGAUUUUUGUAAGAAAUACCCGGAUGUUUCUUGUGACAAUUGCUGUAAAACAAAGGAUUAUAAAACAAAAGAUGUGACUGAUGAUGUGAAAAAUAUUGUAAGUUUUGUUCAAGAAUAUAGUUCAUCGCAAGGAACAAGAAAUAUAAAACAUGUAGGUCCUUCUGGAAGAUUUACUAUGAACAUGCUGGUUGACAUUUUCCUGGGGAGUAAAAAUGCAAAAAUUCAGUCAGGUAUAUUUGGAAAGGGAUCUGCUUAUUCACGACACAAUGCCGAAAGACUUUUUAAAAAGCUAAUACUUGAGAAGAUUUUGGAUGAAGACUUAUAUAUCAAUGCCAAUGACCAAGCAAUUGCCUAUGUGAUGCUGGGAACAAAAGCCCAAAGUGUACUAAGUGGGCAUUUAAAGGUAGACUUUAUGGAAAUGGAAAAUUUCAGCAAUUUGAAAAAACAAAAAGCUUUAGUGGCAAAAGUAUCUCAGAGGGAAGAGAUGGUUAAGAAAUGUCUUGGAGAACUUACAGAAGUCUGCAAAUCUCUGGGGAAAGUUUUUGGUGUCCAUUACUUCAAUAUUUUUAAUACUGCUACUCUCAAGAAGCUUGCAGAAUCUUUAUCUUCUGAUCCUGAGGUUUUACUUCAAAUUGAUGGUGUUACUGAAGACAAGCUGGAAAAAUAUGGUGCAGAAGUGAUUCCAAUAUUACAGAAAUACUCUGAGUGGACAUUGCCAGGUUCAGUAUUCAGCAAAUCCGAGGACAGUUCUCCAGGGGUAAACCUGUCAGGCAGCAGAGGCCCUGGAAAGAAUGACAUCGAGGAGCUUGAUGAGGAAGUGCCUGUGUCUUCUCACUACUUUGCAAAUAAAACCAGAAAUGAAAGAAAGAGGAAGAAGAUGCCAACUUCCCAAAGGUCUAAGAGGAGAAAAAGUAGUUAUGGUGGUUUCAAGGCAAAGGGGGGGACUACCACAUGCAGAAAGACAUCUUCUAAAAGUAAAUCCUCCAACAUAAUUGGAUCCAGUUCAGCCUUGCAUGGUUCUCAGGCAACAUCAGGGGCCAGUAGAAAAUUGGGAAUUAUGGCUCCACCAAAGCCUAUAAAUAGACCAUUUCUUAGGCCUUCCUAUGCAUUCUCAUAACAAUCAAGUCUCCAUAUACACAGAUCUUCUUUGUUGUUUGUCAGCAUCUGACCACCUGUGAAUAUAAAGCAGUUAGUCUUAUUAUGCCAUUUUGAAAUUUUUACUUACAUCUACUAAUAUUUAAAUAAAUGCUUAGGAGUGAUCAUUCUUGUUUUUUAAAUAAAUAAUUUUUUUGAAUAGCAUGUUUUGCUGCCACUGGAAGUAUUGUGACCAUUGUUUCUCAGAAUGUCUAAGCAGCAGCUAAAUCAUCUCUCAGAUAAAUCCUAAGCAUAACAUAAAACACAGAAGUCAAAGGAAGAGACACCCAUGGGACAUUGUGAAAUUGUGCAGCAAAAUUGAAAGACAAAUGACAGAGAAAAUAUGUUACAAAGGAUUAAUGUCCACAGUAUACAAAGAGUAUCUAUAAAUCAUUAAGAAAAGCUCAGUACAGAAGACAAGUAACAAAGAAUGUGAAUGGGCUAGUUCCAGAAGAAGAAAUUCUAAUGGCCCACAAAUAUGUGAAAAAUCCUCCAUAUCCCUAAUUAAAAAUAU